AUGGCCACCGAAGAGCACCCAGAUUUCGUUACGUCAAAAGAGGUUCAAGAUAUAUCGAACACCAAAGUCAGUUCGAGCUUGGCCUCAGAAGCGAACCUUAAAAAAGCACACCGGAAAGUCGACCAGCGUCUGCUCUGCUGGUAUGCAUUCGUCUACCUCAUCAUGCGUAUCCACGUCAGCAACAUCUCAAACACAGCCAUCAUGAACCUCGAACAAGGAGCGGGGAUCAAGAAGCAACUAGGCAACCUCUCUUCUGGUCAAUGGGCAUGGGCCCUGAGCAUCUUCUACUACCCAUACAUGUUCCUGGAGCCUCUUGCCACUCUGAUGUUGAAGCAUUUCAGUCCAAAUGUGUGGAUGAGCCGGAUCAUGAUGACUUGGGGUAUCAUAUCGAUGUGCCAGGGUGCGACACAGAACUAUGCGGGUAUCCUCGUUUGUCGAUUCUUCCUCGGUGCUGCAGAAGCUGGAUUUUAUCCGGGCGUCCUCUAUCACUUUUCUUUCUGGUAUUCGACCGAGCGAUUACCGCUUCGAAUUGCGUUCUUCUAUGCCUGCGGAAUGUUCUCAGGGACUAUCAGUGGACUUCUGGCGUAUGCGAUCAGUCACAUGAAUGGUGUCGCGGGCCUUGCAGGAUGGCGUUGGCUCUUCAUCUUGGAAGGCAUUCCUGCCAUAUUCUGCUCAAUUUACACCUUCUUCUACUUGCCGAACUAUCCUCAGACCGUCAACUUCUUGUCAGAGGAUGAGAGGGAAGCUAUCAUUGCCGAUUUGCCAAAGCAGGCACCCACCAUGGGCGCAAAGACAUUCGAUUUCGAGCAGAUCAAGUCGCUGUUCAAGAGCCCUACCUUUGUUCCAUUCCUGAUGAUCUGGAUCACACACGGCAUUGGUGGCUGGGGCAUCUCGUUCGUGUUGCCGACCGUCAUCUAUGAGCUGGGCAUCUCAAACACUGCGAUAUCGCAGGUCAUGACCAUGCCUCCAUUCACGAUGGUGUUCGUGAUCCUUUGCGGUCUAGCGUUCUUCAUACAUACCAAACGACUCAAUCCAUGGGUUGCUGGUCUUGGCGUUGAAGUUGUCCAAGUCAUUUGCUACAUCCUGCUCAUCACUGUCAAGCAGCCAAUUGCAAAGUACAUCUUCGUCAUGAUCGCAACUGCUGCUUCUCAAUCGUUCUUCGCCAUCAUAUGGCCCGAGCGCAUCCGCGCCGCAAGAGGCACAACGACUGCUGGCCUCGCUAUCGGCAUCACCAAUGCUAGCUGCCAAUUGAUGGGAAUUGUUGGACCGCAAAUCUACCAGCCCAAGUUCGGUCCAACCUAUCGGGUUAGCUACGUAUGCUCCAUCGCAUUGCUCUCAACAUGCUUGGGAGCCGUGCUGACAAGCUGGUUUUUCGUGACGAAAGAUGACAAGCGAAGAGCGAAAGAAGAUGCCCAGAGUCGACAAAUCACGGCUUGA